GCCGUUAAAAAAUCGUAGCCCUACUUGCUCAAUGUACAACUGACUGACUGCUUGGGAGGGUUGCGUAACGACCACGUCGCAUCGGUUUGCUUUGCUUUGGUUGAGCUGGUGGAGUUUAGGGUUGUUUAAUUUUGCAGAAAAAUGGUUGAGGCUCUAGACCUCUUUCUGAAGAUCGGUCUAGACAAGCGAACCGCCGAGAACACCAUCGCCAACAAUAAAGUCACCUCCAAUCUUCUUGCUGUCAUUAACGAGGCAGCUGUCACUGAUGGAUGCGAACGGUCUACGGGCAAUCUUCUUUAUACGGUUGCUACAAAGUUCCCUGCCAAUGCCCUUGUGCAUCGUCCGACAUUGCUGACAUACAUUGUCUCUUCUAAGAUAAAGACUCCGGCCCAGGUAGAAGCUGCAUUUGCAUUUCUUAGUGUCACUGGUUCGGAAAAUAUUGAUAUCAGUAAAUUUGAAGAAGCCUGUGGAGUUGGGGUUGAGGUCUCGGAAGAAGAUAUAGAGCAUGCCGUUAACAAAGUCUUUGAAGAGAAAGAGAGUGCAAUCAAGGAGCAACGCUACAGAACAAACGUUGGUGAACUAAUUGCUCAUGUUCGAAAGAAGCAGCCUUGGGCAGAUCCAAAGACCGUAAAGCAAGUUGUAGAUCGAAAGCUCCUUGCUUUACUUGGUCCGAAGACGGCAGCAGAUGAUGAAAAGCCGGUAAAAAAGAAGAAAGAGAAACCGGUUAAAGUAGAAGAUAAAAGCGCUACUGAAGAACCGGUGCCAUCUGAAGAAGAACUCAAUCCUUAUUUAAUAUUCCCCGCCCCCGAGGAGAAUUAUAAGGUGCAUACGGAAGUAUUUUUCAGUGAUAGACCUGUGCUCAGAGCGUGUAAUUCAAAAGCAAUAUUGGAAAAACACCUGAAGGCAACGGGUGGAAAAGUUCUGACCCGUUUUCCUCCAGAACCAAAUGGAUACCUACAUAUUGGUCAUGCCAAGGCUAUGUUUGUUGACUUUGGUCUUGCAAAAGAAAGAGGUGGUGGCUGCUACCUGAGGUAUGAUGAUACUAAUCCUGAAGCUGAGAAAAAAGAAUAUAUUGAUCAUAUUGAAGAAAUUGUGAGUUGGAUGGGAUGGAAACCUUUUAAGAUCACAUACACCAGUGAUUAUUUUCAAGAAUUAUAUGAUUUAGCAGUGGAGCUCAUACGCAGGGGUCAUGCCUAUGUUGAUCACCAGACUGGUGAUGAAAUAAAAGAAUACAGAGAGAAAAGGAUGAACAGUCCAUGGAGAGAUAGGCCAAUUGCAGAAUCACUUAAACUAUUUAAUGAUAUGAAAAAUGGCAUGAUUGAAGAAGGAAAAGCUACACUUAGGAUGAAACAAGACAUGCAAAGUGACAAUUUUAAUAUGUUUGAUCUCAUUGCUUAUCGGAUUAAGUUCACUCCUCAUCCACAUGCUGGAGACAAGUGGUGUAUAUACCCAAGUUAUGAUUAUGCACAUUGCAUUGUUGAUUCUCUUGAAAAUAUCACACAUUCGCUCUGCACACUUGAAUUUGAGACACGGCGUGCUUCAUAUUACUGGUUACUAGAUGCACUGGGUCUUUACCAGCCUUACGUAUGGGAGUAUUCACGUUUGAAUAUAACCAACACUGUGAUGUCAAAACGUAAAUUGAACCGGCUAGUGACCGAGAACUAUGUGGAUGGAUGGGACGAUCCACGUUUAAUGACACUAGCGGGAUUGAGGCGUAGGGGUGUCACUUCUACAGCAAUAAAUGCUUUUGUUAGAGGAAUUGGGAUUACCAGAAGUGAUGGUAGUAUGAUACGUUUGGAGCGCCUUGAAUAUCAUGUACGGGAAGAACUUAAUAAAACAGCUUCUCGUGCGAUGGUUGUGCUACAUCCACUAAAGGUAGUUAUUAGCAAUCUUGAACCAAGUUCAGUAAUAGAUCUUGAUGCAAAGAAAUGGCCAGAUGCCCCUGUUGAUGAUGCAUCUUCAUACUACAAGGUCCCCUUUUCAAAUGUUAUUUAUAUAGAGCAAACUGACUUUAGAAUGAAAGAUUCAAAAGAUUACUAUGGGCUUGCUCCGGGAAAAGCUGUCUUACUCAGGUAUGCAUUUCCUAUAAAGUGUACUGAAGUGGUGCUCUCUGAUGACAAAAAAACCGUUGUCGAGAUACAUGCCGAGUAUGAUCCAGACAAGAAGACAAAACCAAAGGGGGUUCUUCAUUGGGUUGCAGAGCCUUCUCCUGGGGUUGACCCAUUGAAGGUGGAAGUCAGACUGUUCGAUAAACUGUUUUGUUCUGAGAAUCCUGGAGAACUUGAUAACUGGCUUGAUGAUUUAAACCCCGAGUCUAAGGUGGUGAUACCGUCUGCAUAUGCUGUACCAUCCCUCCGACACGCAGAGGUAGAUGACAGCUUCCAGUUCGAAAGGCUUGGGUAUUUUGUGGCUGACAAGGAUUCAACACCUGAGAAACUCAUAUUCAACCGAACUGUUACAUUACGAGACAGCUAUGGGAAAACCGGGAAGUAGGCAACGAGCAUUCACAUAUUCAUAUCUUUUAUCUCAACUUUCAUCUUAUAAUAUAAAAAUGUGGUAUUCGACUUUUGUACAGUGGACCAUUGUCUUGUAUUUUACUUGAAGCCACCAUCCAUCAAACUGUAGCAAAUUCAGAUUGAUUUGAGAUAAGAGUUUAGUCCCUUAACUUCUCUUU